AUGGCCGCUGUAGCAACCGCGCCUCGUGGUCUUCAGCCAAAUGCAUCUUUACCAGCCAAGGUCCAACCUAUUCCUCCUAAUCAAACUCUCUACGUAACGAAUCUCCCCUCCUCAAAAAUCCAGAAAGCCGACCUGCGAACCGCCCUCUACCUCCUCUUCUCCACAUAUGGCCCCGUCCUCGAUGUUGUCGCUCUUAAGACAAUGAAGAUGCGCGGCCAGGCCCAUAUCGUAUUUCGGGACGUUCAGUCUGCUACACAAGCUAUGCGAUCUCUCGAGGGACAGACAUUCCUUGGUCGCGACUUGAAAAUACAAUAUGCGAAGUCAAAGUCCAACUUUGUGGCUAAACUCGACGGCACUUUCAAGAUCCCUAAUGCCGCAGGUGCUGCCAACGUCGAGCAGACUGAACUGCAACAGAGCAUCUUCAACGCCCCCCCUCCCGGCUCAGCGCCGGCACCGACGCCCGGCUCUGGUCUUCCUGCGAAGCCUGCUGCGACUGCAGACCACGUCAUGGAAGACGCCGACACACCAGGUGGCCGAGGACAGAAGCGAACCCGUGACGAUGAGGAUAGUGAUUCGGAUGUUGCCAUGGAGGAGGACAGUGACGAUGAUUGA